AAAGAAAGGCAUAACAUGUUGGAGGCGGUUGUAGCUUCGGUGGAGUCGGGGAUACCGGUGGUUCGGCGAAACUUCACAACCAACCUAUAUCGUAACUGAAGGAACGGGAAGAGCCCAGAGAGCUAGUCAAGCCAUGUUAUGAAAAUAGUUAUGAGACAUAUCUCUUCUAUUUUAAAGGACCUUCUUUGAAAGCAGAUAAGAGCAUUUGCAAAAUUAAAACUUGAAGAGGCGAGCUCCAAAAUGCAGCUUGUUGCCGUGUUUUGUGGCACCCUCAUAACUUUGUUAUUUCGCUGUCAAGCAGGUGUAACAGGCAGCACAGAGUGUUCAUGCGGGAGGAAUCACUUCACGUGUGCGGUUAGCGCCUUUGGAGAGUGCACCUGCAUCCCAGCGCAGUGGCAGUGUGAUGGGGACAAUGACUGCGGGGACCACAGUGAUGAGGAUGGCUGCAUGCUACCAACCUGUUCCCCCCUGGAUUUUCACUGCGACAACGGCAAGUGCAUCCGCCGCUCUUGGGUCUGUGAUGGAGACAAUGACUGUGAGGAUGACUCCGACGAACAGGAGUGUCCUCCAAGGGAGUGUGAAGAAGAUGAGUUCCACUGUCAGAAUGGAUACUGCAUCCGCAGCCUGUGGCACUGUGAUGGGGACAAUGACUGCGGGGACAACAGCGAUGAGCAGUGUGACAUGAGGAAGUGCUCAGACAAAGAGUUCCGUUGUACAGACGGGAGCUGCAUCGCUGAGCACUGGUACUGUGAUGGUGACACAGACUGCAAGGACGGCUCUGACGAGGACAACUGCCCCUCAGAUGUGAUGACAGCCACCUGCAGCGUGGAGGAGUUCCAGUGUGCUUACGGCCGGUGCAUCCUGGACAUAUACCACUGCGAUGGGGAUGAUGACUGUGGGGACUGGUCCGACGAGUCUGACUGCUCCUCUCACCAGCCCUGUCGGUCAGUGGAAUUCAUGUGCAGCAGCGGUAUGUGUAUCAACGCAGGCUGGAGGUGUGAUGGCGAAUUUGACUGUGAUGAUCAAUCAGACGAGAAGAACUGUACCACCUCCAUGUGCACUGCUGAUCAGUUCCGCUGCGCAUCUGGCCGCUGCGUAAGGUUGUCAUGGCGAUGCGAUGGUGAGGAUGACUGCUCGGAUGGCAGUGACGAAGACAGCUGUGAAAAAACAGAUAGCCCACCAUGUGCCCCUGAUCAGUUUCUGUGCGGAAAUGGGCGCUGCAUUGGCCAGAGGAAGGUGUGCAAUGAAGUCAGCGACUGUGGGGAUGGCACAGACGAGCUGCCUCACCAGGACUGCCGUCCAAGGUCAAGUGAGGGCAACUGCAAUGUGAACAAUGGUGGCUGUACUCAGAAGUGCCACAUGGCUCGUGGCUUGGUGCAGUGCACCUGUCAUACUGGCUACAGACUGAGAGAUGAUGGGAGAUCAUGUCAAGAUGUGGACGAGUGUGCAGAAGAGGGUUAUUGCAGCCAGGGCUGCACUAACACAGAGGGGGGGUUCCAGUGCUGGUGCGUGCAGGGUUAUGAGCUAAGGCCUGACAAACGCAGCUGCAAGGCAUUGGGGCCAGAACCGGUGCUGCUGUUUGCCAACCGGAUUGACAUCCGCCAAGUGCUACCACACCGCUCAGAGUACACACUGCUGCUGAACAACCUGGAGAAUGCUAUCGCUCUGGACUUCCACCACAGCCAGGAGUUGGUGUUCUGGUCUGAUGUUACACUGGACCGCAUCAUGAAAGCCAACCUCAAUGGCAGCAAUGUUGAGGAGGUGGUGUCUACCGGCCUGGAAAGUCCAGGUGGCCUAGCCGUCGACUGGAUCCACGACAAGUUGUACUGGACAGAUUCUGGGACAUCACGCAUUGAGGUGGCCAACUUGAAUGGGACACACAGGAAGGUGCUACUGUGGCAGAGCAUGGAGAAGCCCCGUGCCAUUGCCCUGCACCCCAUUGAGGGGAAGAUCUAUUGGACGGACUGGGGCAACACCCCUCGCAUUGAGUAUGCCAAUAUGGAUGGUUCCAAUCGCAGGAUCAUUGCUGACACCCACCUCUUCUGGCCAAAUGGGCUUACCAUUGACUACGCUGGUCACCGAAUGUAUUGGGUGGAUGCCAAGCACCAUGUGAUUGAACGUGCUGAUCUGGAUGGUCGGAACAGAAAGGCAGUCAUUAGUCAAGGCCUACCCCACCCAUUUGCCAUCACAGUGUUUGAGGACAGUUUGUACUGGACAGACUGGCACACUAAGAGUAUCAAUAGUGCUAACAAGUUCACUGGCAAGAACCAGGAGAUCAUUCGCAACAAGCUGCACUUCCCCAUGGACAUCCACACCCUGCACCCGCAGAGGCAGCCCGCAGGGGGGAGGAACCGAUGUGGGAACAACAACGGAGGCUGCAGUCACCUGUGCCUACCCAGCAACAAGACCUACACCUGUGCCUGUCCUACCGGCUUCAAGAAGGUGGACACCUACAACUGUGCUGAGAGUCUUGACAAGUUCCUGCUUUUUGCCCGAAGGACGGACAUCCGUCGGAUCAGCUUUGACACGGAGGACAAGUCAAAUGAUGUCAUACCACUGGCAGAUGUGCGCAAUGCGGUGGCACUUGACUGGGAUGCUCAGGAGGAAUACAUCUACUGGACUGAUGUCACCACCGACUCUGUGAACCGGGCCAAAUGGGAUGGGUCUAAACAGGAGGUUGUUGUUGAUACCAGUCUGGAAAGCCCCGCUGGCCUUGCUAUUGACUGGGUUACCAAAAAGCUGUACUGGACUGAUGCAGGUACAGACAGAAUAGAGGUGUCAAAUGCUGAUGGGAGCAUGCGUACUGUGCUGAUCUGGGAGAACCUGGACCGGCCGCGGGACAUUGUGGUGGAUCCUAUCGGAGGAUACAUGUAUUGGACAGACUGGGGUGCCAGCCCUAAGAUUGAAAGAGCCGGAAUGGAUGCCUCAAACCGCAUCGUAAUCAUCUCAUCCAACCUGACCUGGCCCAACGGCCUUGCUAUUGACUACCAGACGGAGAGGUUGUACUGGGCUGAUGCUGGGAUGAAGACCAUCGAAUACGGCACCUUUGAUGGCUCGGAGAGAAAGGUAUUGAUUGGCAGCCAGCUGCCCCACCCAUUUGGUCUGACACUCCAUGAGGACAAGAUCUACUGGACAGACUGGCAGUCCAAGAGCAUCCAGAGUGCUGACAAACACACAGGCCUAGGCCGGAUUACAUUGGCAGACAACCUGGAGAACCUGAUGGACAUCCACAUGUUCCACCGACACCGCACAGCUGUCCGGACCCCAUGUGCAGUGAACAAUGGGGGUUGCAGUCACCUCUGCCUCUUGGCCCCCCUCCCCAAGGGUUCCAGCUGUGCCUGUCCCACUGGGAUUAACCUUCAAGUAGAUGGCAAGACCUGUGCCCAUGGAAUGAACAGCUUCCUGAUUUUUGCUCGGAGAACGGAUAUCCGCAUGGUCUCCCUGGACAUCCCCUAUUUUGCGGAUGUUGUUCUGGCUGUGAAUGGAUCCAUGAAAAACACCAUUGCUGUCGGAGUGGACCCUAAAGAAGGUAAAGUGUACUGGUCUGACAGCACACUGAAUAAAGUCAGCAGGGCGAAUAUAAAUGGCACAGAUUAUGAAGAUAUAAUCUCCACCGGGUUAAUGACCACAGAUGGCCUAGCAGUGGACUCUGUGGGCCGAAAGAUUUACUGGACUGACACGGGCACCAAUCGCAUUGAAGUGGCCAAUCUGAAUGGCUCCAUGAGGAAAGUUUUGAUCUGGCAGAACCUGGAUAGCCCGCGGGCCAUUGCAUUAUAUCAUGAAAUGGGGUAUAUGUACUGGACUGACUGGGGGGAGCAUGCCAAGCUGGAACGUUCCAGUAUGGAUGGAUCAGAGAGGGUUGUUCUCAUCAGCAGCAAUCUGGGCUGGCCCAAUGGGCUGGCCAUUGACAAAGCUGGGUCCCAGCUGCUGUGGGCUGAUGCUCACACAGAGCGCAUUGAGGCAUCAGACCUGAAUGGAGCCAAUCGGCGAACACUGGUGUCUCCAGUCCAGCACCCCUAUGGACUGACCCUACUGGGGGCAUACAUCUACUGGACGGACUGGCAGAGCCGCAGCAUCCAGAGGGCUGACAAGACCACCGGGGCCAAUGCAAUCACAGUGAGGGGCAACCUACCGGGCUUGAUGGACAUUCAGGCUGUGGACAGAGAGAAGCCCCUUGGAUUCAACAAGUGUGGCCGAAGGAACGGAGGCUGCAGCCACUUGUGCCUGCCCAAUCCCAAUGGGACGUCAUGUGCGUGUCCCACUGGCAUUCUCCUAAAGGGUGACGGACGCUCCUGCGAUGACAGCCCAGAGACGUACUUGCUUUUUUCCAACCGUGUCAGCAUUCGACGCAUCUCCCUAGACACGGAUGACUACACAGAUGUUCACGUGCCCGUGCCUGAACUUCACAAUGUCAUCUCCCUGGACUAUGAUAGUGUGGAGGGCAAAGUGUACUACACUGAUGUGUCCUUAGACGUCAUCCGACGGGUCAAUCUGGAUGGCAGUGACAUGGAAACAGUCAUUGGUGAGGGCCUGACAACUACAGACGGGCUGGCGGUAGACUGGGUCGCUCGGAACAUGUAUUGGACUGACACUGGCCGCAACACCAUUGAAGUAGCCCGCCUGGAUGGGUCUUCUCGCAAAGUGCUGAUCAACGACAGCCUGGAUGAGCCUAGGGCCAUCGCUGUGUUCCCCAGCAAAGGGUAUUUGUUUUGGACGGAUUGGGGUAACAUUGCCAAGAUCGAGAGGGCACAUCUAGAUGGAUCUGAUCGCAAGGUUCUGAUCAACACCGACCUGGGCUGGCCCAAUGGACUGACCUUGGACUAUGACACUCGCAGGAUAUUCUGGGUGGAUGCCCACCUGGACCGGAUUGAGAGUUCGGACUUGAAUGGAAAGCUCCGCCAGAUCUUAGUCAGCCCAGUCUCACACCCUUUCGCCCUCACCCAGCAAGACCGCUGGAUAUACUGGACGGACUGGCAAACCAAGUCCAUUCAGCGCGUAGAUAAGCACACAGGCCGCAGCAAGGAGACGGUGCUGGCCAAUGUAGAGGGCUUAAUGGACAUCAUUGUUGUGUCACCGCAGCGACAGAGCGGCACCAACUACUGCAGUGUGAACAAUGGAGGCUGCACCCACCUUUGCUUCGCUAAGACCAAUAGCUUUGUCUGCGCUUGCCCGGAUAAGCCAGACAGCAGACCCUGUUCCACUGUUUCAGGUUAUGUACCUACGCCUGCUAACAGUGGUACCACCACUACUCCAUCAUCAAACAAGAUCCCCAAAGCAGCCACAGAGAGACCCCAUUUAGGACCACCGGUAAUCAACUGCACAGACAAGAACUUGAAGCUAGAAGGCUGCAUACAGAACAAUGUGGUAACAGCCCCAAAUGGAGAAGGCCUUCAUAUUAGCUAUGUCAUUGGAGGAGCUCUAACAAUCCUUGCCAUCCUGAUUCUCAUAGCUGCAUUCAUCAUAUACAGACACAAAAAAUCUAAGUUUGCAGACCCAGGAGUGGGUAACCUGACCUAUAGCAAUCCCUCAUACAGAACAUCUACUCAAGAGGUGAAAAUAGAAACCGUGCAAAAGCCACCUAUAUACAACCAACUACGGUAUAAGAAAGAGAUGGGAAGUGACAGCAGCUACACUAAGGAGAAGAUAAAAAUUGUGGAGGGGAUUUGUCUGCUGUCCAGCGAAGAGCUGUACUGGGAGGACCUGAAGCAGAUUAAACCAUCGCGUGGCGGGCUCCACGUUUGCAUGAAGACAGACACAGUGUCUCUGCAGGCCAGCAGCGGCUCCCUGGAUGACACUGAGACAGAGCAGCUGCUGCAGGAGGAACAAUCGGAGUGCUCCAGCAUCAACACGGCCCCUGCUACUACACCUGAGCGGCAUGCAGCCCUGCCUGAUACUGGCUGGGUGCAACCCCGAAAGCCCUCCACUGAGAGCGAGGUCUGAACCCUCGCCUGCCCCACAUCUCCACCAGACCUCCGUGUUCUUCAGCACCACCACCUCCUCCACAUACAGCUCUCCACUAUAGACUGACUCACUGCUGCCCCCCUCAGACAAAAGACUGAGAGACAAUAAUGAGCAUGCUGGAGUACAACAGCAAAAAGAUGAACAUGAACACUUUGAGGCAGAGAGAAAUGUAAUGGACAUAUCUGAUCCAGUUUUAAAUAUAUCUUAUUUGACUGUUUUUU